ACAGGACAGGUCAGAACCAUUUCUGCUCAUCCUUGCACAUGUGUACGAUUGUAUGAGAAAGGCCGAGUUUGAUGAACCUUUGUUUAAUGCAUGUUCUUGGAACUGUCGUUCUUUCUUGUAUGUCAUCUUAUUCCGCGGUUUCCUGACUUCGAUGCAGCAAUGAUCCAGAAGCUCUUCGAUCUUGAGGACUACGCCGGUACCUACCGCGAGACCCGCAACGCCUACCUCAAGGCUGCCAACCAGCUCAAGCUCGCCACCGGCCCCUACAAGGCCGCUCGUGAUGCCUACGUUGCUGCCACUGCCACCUACACCAAGUCCCUCUACGAGUAAAU